CAUACUGCAAUUAUUCCGACUACUCCCUUCUGCUCAGCGCGGAUGGCUACCUUCCUUGGUUGCUAGGAUGAACACUCGACAAGUCAUUGACGAAUCAGUAGGGCCAUACUCCCUGUCGGCCUCUUUCAAUAAUGAGAAUACAUGCUUUGCUGUAGGGUUGGACACCGGGUUUUGUGUCUUGAAGACCGACCCAUGUGAGCUAACCGUCUCAAGAGAUUUCAACGCCGGCAUUGGUCUGGUGACCAUGCUCGGUCAGUCGAGAUACCUCGCGAUUAUCGGUGGAGGAAAGCAACCCAAGUUUCCUCAGAAUAAGCUGGUGAUUUGGGACGAUGCGAAGCAAAAGGCCGCCAUUACACUCGAAUUCCGCACCUCGGUCCUGGGUGUCCGCUUAUCAAAAUCGCGGAUCGUCGUCGCGCUCUUGAACAGUGUCCACGUCUUUGCUUUCUCAAUCCCUCCGCGGAAACUUUCCGUAUUCGAAACAACGGAGAAUGCUUUAGGUCUGGUUUGUUUGGGAGAGAAGCUGCUCGCCUUUCCAGGUCGGUCUCCCGGACAGGUUCAGCUAGUUGAACUUGAGACCGGCAAUGUUAGCAUAAUCCCAGCACAUGCAAACCCCCUGCGCGCGAUGACUCUAAGCUCAGAUGGCGAGCUUUUGGCCACGGCCAGUACAUCGGGUACUAUGAUUCGGGUCUAUUCUACCAGUAACUGUACGAGGAUAGCCGAGGUUCGCCGGGGAAUCGAUGAAGCAGUGGUAUUUUCAAUUGCUAUAUCACCUUCGAAUGCUCUGCUGGCUGUGACAUCCGACAAAUCGACCUUACAUAUCUUCCACCUGCCCAAGGACGAAGGCCCAAAUCCAAAAUGGGGAUUUCUUUCCAAGGUUCCUGGGCUCCCCAGGCUAUUCUCCGACAUAUACUCAUCAGCCACUGCACAUUUCGAGAUAUGCCAUGACGCGCCAACUGGAUCGGCCUAUGUGCCGCCUUUGGGUAAUUCGCUCGGACCAACCUCCAAGGGUGUCAUUGGCUGGCGCGAUGAUAGGACCAUCAUCGUUGUCGGCUCUGGUAGGGACGGGCGAUGGGAAAAAUUCGUUCUUCAUGAAGGCGACGACGGAAAGCUUUAUUGCACCAGGACUGGUUGGAAAAGGUACCUGGGAGGGGGCUAAGGGACGCGUACCCGUUCGGUUCACGAAAGGACCUUCUUGACACGUUCGUGGAUUGCUUUUCUGCGGUUUGGCCAAACAAGUCACCAUUCCCGUUGCAGGCAACGAUUAUACCGCAGAAAUCUCUCCAGGGCCAAGUUCAAGAUGCGUUCUCAGACUUGGAUCCUAUAACGGACUUCCCGAAUGGUAGUCUCAUUGACUGACAGAAAGUGGCUUUUGACGAGCGCAGUGCCCUUGAUAAAUGCUUGGUGGCGUGUUUGUUGUCUUGGAAUGAUCUGAAUAGAGACGUGUCCUUUCUUAAUUAGUAUAAUUCAUAAUUAGACGGC